AUGUGUCGAAUUCUUAAGAAGCUCAGACACUUUAACAUCUCAGUCGUAAUAUGUGUACAGACAGCAAAGAGUUUAAGUAAGGAUGUAAAGAGAAUACUUACUGACAUUAUACUUUUCCCUGGAUUGUCCGAAGACGAUUUCAUGGAACUUAUGAAAGAGUCCAUGGCAGGUAAGUUUGACAGACAUGAACUAUGGGAGAAGUACAAAGUCAUACAAGACCCUCAUACUUCUUUCAGAAUUCAUAUCUACGCAAACAAAGUUCAAAUUGUAAAAAGUCAGCAAAAAUAA